AUGCAACUGCUUUUCCUCCUGCUUUUCACACCUUUUGCGAUUUUAGGAGAGACUCCGGACUUUUGCCCAGAGCAUCCAGUAUACGGUAAAGAACCAGAAGAGGAUUGUGCCCAGCCAUCAGAUCCAAACGAUCUUCCCAAGUCCCCUUUAGAAAAAUGGUUUACAAAACAAAUUUUUGAUGAUUUGUUUCCAAAAUCCAACAUUGGACGAGGACCACAUCCAUGCUUACCGUACUCCUACGAGUCUUUCAUAAUUGCUGCUCGGUACUUCCCAGAGUUUGGAGCAUCCCAUCCGAAUAAACAAUUCAAAGCUGAUGAGCAUCACAAAAGAGAUGCUGCUGCAUUUUUUGCUCAUGCGUUGCAGGAAACUGGUGAAAACGAUGCAAGUGUUUACAACAACACCGACCUAACCCUGGAACAAGCUCAUGAAUGUUUCUAUCGAGGUGGAUUCUAUAAUUGGUUUGAACGAGGACCAAACUCUUCGUUCCUUUCGCCGACAUCUCCUGGAUUCUCACCAGCCGACGGAAAACGCUGCGUGGAAGAGGGAAGAUACUGUAAGAGUGAUCCAAUGUUGGAUUUCUGGUAUCCAUGUAAUUCUGAUAUCGAAUCUCAUGCGGACCAAGAUUAUCACAAAGGAUGUUAUUUUGGACGAGGUGCUCUUCAACUCUCAUGGAACUACAACUACGGUCUUUUUCAACAGUUUCUACUCACAAAAGGUGUCAAAGUCGACUUGCUAGAGAAUCCAAAUCUUGUAAUGACAAAAAUGGAUCCUCCAUUGGCUAUGAUGGCUUCUCUUUGGUUUUAUAUGACACCUCAACCCCCGAAACCAUCUAUGCAUCAAAUUGUAACUGGAGAUUGGGAACCAUCCAAAAAAAAUCGAAGAGCUGGAUACCGAGAUGCGAUUUUUGGACCAACAAGUCUAAUAAUCAAUAACGAGUGCGGAGGUGAGGAUCCAGAUGAACCAGGAGGUCCCGGAGAAUCAAGAAGAAUCAAGGCAUUCAAAUGGUUUUGUAAAUAUUUCAAAGUUCCUGUUGGAUCUGAAAGAACUCUCAGUUGUAAAGGAAUGCUCGACGGUUUUGAUGCAGUCCAGCACAUGUAUUCAUGGCAUCCGGAUUGGGCAACUAUGUGGAAAUCUCAAUCCUGCGACUGUGCACCAGCUCCCUAUGGAGGCCCACUGCCCUAUUAUGAUCCCAAACUUUAUCCCCACGAAUUCACAAAACAAAACGAUCGGAAUCGACUACGAUGUGUGUACAGCAUGUAUGAGAGUCCAGAAACGUUUCGUUUGGAUGAUGGAAACUCGCCUUGCUUGAAGCAUAAACCUAAAAUUCGCUUGACGAAAUCUGGAAUAAGAGGGUGA